CGUAAUGUAUGGACUCAUAAAAUCCUUUUAUCCUACGAGGGUUGGAUCACAAGUUUGAUUGCCUUGGGUAAACCAAACAGAACAAAACAUACACAUCAUGUCCCACUUGGAAUUAGGCUUGGGAAAUGUAAGAUGUACGGAAACGUUACCUCUACGCACAAAACUGGAAUGCUGCUUCUAUGAAGAUAAUGACAAAUAAAAAUUUUGUGACUGGUGGUCAUCAAGUGUCAGCUAUUAUUUGUGUUAUGUGGCUGUAAGCCUGUAACUAAUAAAGGGAGCCAAACAAUAUACUCCGCAUUUCAUUAACAUGCAAACUAAAUUUAAUAUGCCCUUUUUGAUAUUUUCUAUUUAUAAUGCUAAUAUAUUCUCAUUGGGAAUGUCCAGUAAUAAGGUAUCACCCUGAAGAAAGCAAAAGGACAAUAAUAAGGUUGGAGCAGUGUGCUCGUUCUUCUAUGCAUAGAGCGAUGAUGUCACAAGGUGCUUUUGCCAUCUUAUAUGGCCGCCAUCUUAGGUCUUUCAUUAAGAAAAGAGAGGUGAUACUUGGAAGAUCCACAGAUGGCAUUGAUGUUGAUAUUGAUUUACGAAAAGAAGGCAAUGCAAACAAAAUAUCUCGACGUCAAGCAAUAAUUAAGAUGGAGGCAGAUGGAUCUUUCUUUUUGAGGAAUAUUGGAAAGAAUUCUAUUACAGUGAACGGCAAAACAGUCGAUAAUGGCAAAAUGCAGUUUCUAAGCUCUAGUUGUCUGAUUGAGAUCAAAGGAAUGGGCUUUGUGUUUGAGGUGAACAAGAAGUAUGUGCGGCAGCACGUGGACACACACAAGGACAAAGCAAAUCUUAGCAAAUUUGAUUGGUCACCUGAUGGGUAGGGCUGAAUUCAGAUGAAAACAAAUUAAAGGUAGCAUCUUUUUUCUUUCCUCAACUAAUCCCCCCCCCCUCCCCCGCGGAUGACUUUUAAAUCCUUCGCCGGGAUUACCCCCACAGCAGGGUGUGUACAUAUAUACAUUAAUGGAUUGGUAGCAUGAAUGUUUAAAUUAGAAAUUAGAUCUAUUNAUUUUACUUUGUUGGUUUAUUCUUGGUUUGGUUAGUGAGAUGAUUAUGGUAAGAAAGGGAGAUUGAAGGU